AUGUUGUUUUGUCGGCAUUUAUUGUUCAGAGGAAGCUGUUUAUUUUUGACAGCGAAACAAGGUAUAGUAUCAACAAAUGAACCAGCGACUGUUCAAGGGUUUUAUUCAUGUAUGGAAUAUGAUGACCUUGGUGCUGCAGACGUUCCAGAUUUGCAAGUUUCACUUCUCCCAUUUCAGAGGGAAGGUGUAUACUGGAUGAUGCUUCGUGAGCGUCAUCAUGUGGGUGGUAUAAUGGCUGAUCAACUUGGAAUGGGUAAAACAAUUCAGAUGAUAGGCCUAUGUCUUAGUUCUCACCAGUGCAAUAAAGUCGUACGUGAACGUCACAUUCGGAAUAUUCAAACAAAGGCCCAAAAUUAUCGGUUGUUAACAGUGAUUAGACAGAUGCAGCGCAUCACUGUUGUUGCAAACUGCUCAAGAAUUAAUCGCCCGGCUACGGAUCUUCGUUCCUUAUUGAGUAAAGUUGAAUGCUCCGAUGCAAAUCAUUCUGAUCAGAAUAUGUCAGAUGUUCGUACGGAGGUGGAAAAGUGGCUUCGGUUCACUGGUAAGUUCCAUCCUACGUAUGAGAAACGGGCUUUGGCCUUUUUAGAUGACGAACAAAAACGGUCGUUCGAUUUAAUUGAGUCGAAAGAACUUCGUACUCUCGUAGUAGUUCCAGCAGCUCUAAUGCUCCAAUGGAAAAGUGAGAUUGAGUCGAAGGUAAAAUCAUCGCGGGGUUUGAGGGUUUACCUCUAUCACGGACAGAGCAAAGUAAUUAGCAAUACAGAGCUUGAGUUGUACGAUUUUGUCAUUACUACAUAUGACACCUUGGCGAACUCCGCCAGCGGCGCCUUUGCGCCGGCAUUUGGUGACAGUAACAUAGUGUUUAACAGGAGAGAAGCUGGCCCACUUUUCCAUAUCCGAUGGAAGCGCAUUAUUUUGGAUGAGGCACAUAUGGUUAGGCAUUCCCGAACUCAAAGGUGGAGGGCCGUUAAGGAAUUACAGGGGGUACAUCGGUGGGCCGUCACGGCCACACCUCUUCAUAACAAUAUCGAAGAUAUUCAAAAUCUUCUCCAUUUUGUGGGCCUCCCCAGACUUCCAGUGCUCCCAGGGUCAAAUCCAGAGGAAAUUCUAAACGAUCCAAUUCUACAGCGUGGUAUAGCGCGCUCACUGCAACCUGCGUUCUUGCGUCGGGGUCCAGUAAUGAUUCGCAAUGGUAAAAGAGAGGUGCUAGUGGAGCUCCCACCCAAAACCGAGAAGGUUGUUAUGAAGCGCUUUUCUUCCGAGGAGUCCAAACGGUACAACAGCAUACUUGCCCGAUCGAGGUCGGCGUUGGAGAGUUCGGAGCGUAAGGAGGCUGCUUUUCACAUUUUUGCUAUGAUGACACGCCUUCGUCAGGCGUGUUGUCACCCGUGGAUUAGUAGGGAUCGUGCGCUUACCGUAUCAGUGUGUGGUAUAUGCAAAAGCGAAGCUGUCUCUUCAGUCUUAACGAAGUGUGGACAUUACUUUUGUUAUGAGUGCUUGCUUCUUCGAUUCCGUGAUGCGGUUGAUGGUGACAGCGUUGCCGUUCGCCUGGAGUGCCCCACCUGCGGGGAAAUCAUCACAAAAAGUUCUGUGUUUAGGAAUCAAACACUUACCUCGGCGGAGCGCAUUGCCAAACUGAAAAACGAGGAAGUGGAAGUAAGUACAAAAUUACAGAUGAUACUGGAUUCCAUUCAGGCAAUGAAGAAGAAUUGCCCCGAUGAUAAAAUGAUUAUAUUUUCACAUUUUACUUCAUUCAUGGACGUUAUAUCGGUAGCUCUCGACAAUUUGGACAUAGCUCAUUUACGUUUGGACGGAACAAUGAGUUUGAGCAGCCGAAACCUCGUGAUUCGUUGCUUUCAAUCGAGUGAUGAUGUACGGGUUAUUCUUGCGAGCAAAACAGCAACAGGUGUUGGAUUAAACUUAACGGCGGCUAAUCACGUUUUGGUAGUUGAUCCGUGGUGGAAUCCGGCCAUUGAAGAGCAGGCUGUUCAUCGCUGUUAUCGCAUCGGCCAGCGCAAGCACGUUCACGUGAAGCGCAUAAUUAUCGAAGACACAAUCGAGCAAUACUGCUACGAGAUUUGCAGGCGUAAGAAGGAAUUUGGUGAUGCAAUCUUGCGAGCCGCAACGAAAGGAGAGUCCGGAGCAUCGUUGGCAACAUCGAAACUUCGUGAGUUACUUUCUCGCCUGCAGUUUGUCCCAGAUAGCAACAAAACGAGCGACAAUGUGGGCGAUAACUUCACUAAAACUGCAAGGGAGGACUGUGCCAGUGGCAGUAAAAGUUCAAGAUAA